GAACACCUUUAGGUAGCAGUUAGCUGAAGGGCGGAUAUGUUGAGGAGUUUUAGUUUUAAGGUACCUUUGUCGGACGCUCUUCGUAAAACCCUGAGUAAACCCUGGGCACGUCUUCCUCAGCACAGCAGCUCUUUGCUUUGUGUUUCUCCCCGGCAGCUACCAGCCUGCCUGCCUCACGACACCGAACUUUUAAAAAACUCUCCCUCAUUUUGGAACCCAGAAAGCCCUCUAGCUUCUCCAUCUUUUAAUAGAUUCCAAUCGAAUAACCCCAAUUCUAUCCUAAGUAUUUGAAAUUUGAGCCGUUUUCCGACUAAGUUCGACUACUGCAACCAAGCUCUUUUCCUUCUGAUGUUGGGACAGUCCUUACAGAAGAUACGGCCUGCACUUUCGGCCUUUCCAACUUACUCUCCUACUGCUACAAAAGAGCAGAUGCACUAUGCUCUUGCCCAAUUAGCUUCCAGUUCAUCUGAUGAGCAAGAAACUGUCAGUAUCCCAAAUAUGAAUCAUAACAGUGACCACUUCUUUGAAUUAGAUAGAGUUGAAGUUGUUCAAACUUUGAAUAAUUUAAUAAAACAGCCCAAUAAGGCGUUGUCAUUUUUUAACCAAUUGAAUGAAGAUGGGUUCUCUCAUGAUCUUUGUACAUACACUGCUAUUGUGAGAAUAUUGUGUUAUUGGGGUUGGGACAGGAAACUGGAUUCGGUGUUGUUGGAAAUCAUUAGGAAAGAGAAACGUUUAGGCUUUGAAAUUAUGGAUUUGUGUGAAGCUCUUGAAGAGGGGCUUGAGGGAGAAGACUCAUACUUGUUGGUUCGAUUGUCCAAUGCAUUAAUUAAGGCAUAUGUUAGUGUCGAGAUGUUUGAUGAAGUUAUUAAUAUCUUGUUUCAAACUAGAAGAUGUGGAUUUGUUCCACAUAUAUUUUCAUGUAAUUUUCUUAUGAAUCGUUUGAUUCACUGUGGGAAAAUUGAUAUGGCUGUAGCUACUUAUCAACAGUUAAAAAGAAUUGGACUGAAGCCAAAUGAUUAUACUUAUAGCAUUCUAAUUAAGGCACUUUGCAAAAAGGGUAGUUUGGAGGAAGCUUUUAAUGUUUUUCGAGAGAUGGAGGAAGCAGAAGUUAGACCAAAUGCCUUUGCUUACACAACUUAUAUUGAAGGGCUUUGUAUGCAUGGUAGGACAGAAUUAGGUUAUGAAGUGCUUAAAGUGUGCAGGAAGGCAAAGGUUCCUCUUGAUCCCUUCGCUUAUAGUGUUGUGAUUCGGGGCUUCAGUAAGGAGAUGAAAUUGAAAGUAGCUGAAGAUGUCUUAUUUGAUGCGGAAAACGAUGGGGUUGUUCCUGAUGUGACUUCUUAUGGUGCCCUGAUAAGAGGAUACUGCAAAUGUGGGAAUAUAUUGAAAGCUUUGGAUAUUCACCAUGAAAUGGUAUCAAAGGGUAUCAAAACGAACUGUGUGAUUUUGACCUCAAUACUUCAAAGCCUGUGUCAGAUGGGCCUGGAUUUUAAAGCUGUAAAUCAAUUUAAGGAGUUUAGGGACAUUGGGAUUUUUCUUGAUGAGGUUUGUCAUAAUGUAAUAGCAGAUGCUCUCUGCAAGGGAGGACAAGUGGAAGAAGCUAAAAAAUUGCUUGAUGAGAUGAAGGGUAAACAGAUUUCUCCCGAUGUUAUUAACUAUACCACUUUGAUCAAUGGAUAUUGUCGUCAAGGUAAAGUUGAAGAUGCAUGGAACUUGUUCAAGGAGAUGAAGAACAACGGCCACAAGCCUGAUAUUGUUUUUUAUAGUGUACUUGCUGGCGGCUUAGCUAGAAAUGGCCAUGCACAAAAGGCAGUUGAUCUUUUAAAUUCUAUGGAGGCACAAGGCUUGAAAUGUGAUACUGUCAUACACAACAUGAUCAUUAAAGGCUUAUGUAUGGGAGAUAAGGUGAAGGAAGCUGAAAAUUUUCUAGAUAGUUUGCCGGGAAAGUGUUUGGAAAAUUAUGCUGCCUUAGUUGAUGGUUAUCGUGAAGCAUGCCUAACAAAAGAAGCCUUUAAAUUAUUUGUUAAGCUGUCUGAGCAGGGAUUUCUAGUGACAAAGGCUUCUUGCUCAAAACUCCUCAGUAGUCUUUGCAUGAAAGGUGAUAAUGACAAAGCUCUUAUGUUACUCAAGAUAAUGUUGUCUUUGAAUGCUGAACCUACCAAAUUAAUGUACUGUAAACUCAUUGGUGCAUUUUGUCAGGCCGGAAAUUUGAGUAUUGCCCAGCUGUUGUUUAAUAUUAUGAUUAAGAAGGGGCUAACACCUGAUCUAGUUACUUACACAAUAAUGAUAAAUGGAUAUUGUAAGGUGAAACUUUUGCAGAAGGCCUUGGAUCUUUUCAAUAAUAUGAAGGAGAGAGGGAUUAAACCUGAUGUUAUCACUUAUACAGUCUUGCUUAACAGCCAUAUGAAAAUGAAUUUGAGGUCUCUUUCUAAUCCUGAUGUGACACAAAAGAAUGGCAAGACAAUAAUGGUUGCUUCACCUUUUUGGAGUGAAAUGAAGCACAUGGGAGUAGAACCUGACGUUGUUUGCUAUACGGUUUUGAUUGAUCAGUUCUGUAAGACAAACAAUCUUCAGGAUGCAAGUAGGAUCUUUGACGAAAUGAUAGAUAGAGGAUUGGAACCUGAUACUGUGACAUAUACAGCUCUUAUUUCAGGCUAUUUUAAAGGAGGAUAUAUAGACAAAGCUGUAACCCUUGUUAAUGAACUGCUAAGUAAGGGCAUACAGCCAGAUACCCAUACCAUGUUGCACCAUUACAUCUUGAUAGCCAAGAGAGUUGUGAGAAGAUAGAAAUGCUCAGACAUGACCUUUUAUCUUAUCUUUAUAUUUGAAAGUGGCCUGUUAGUAUGUGGCAGGCCUGAAGAAGGAAAGCUUUCUCACAACAAGAGUAGAAGUUAUUUGCUUUUUCAGGACUCAGCUUGAGGAUGUGAAGCUGCGCAAACCUUUGUAUUCACGAGAUCUGAUACUGGAGGACGAGAGAUGAAUUUUUACAACUUCAGGUUUGGAAAAUUAAUUUGCUCCAUGAAAGCAUCAUGCAGCUUGAAGAGAAGAUGCAAGGAUAGCUCUGUGGUUCAGCUUCUUUCUGGAACCUCUUAGAUGAUAAAGCAGCUCCACAUUGAUGGUCAGAAGAUUUUCUAAAGAGUAGCAUGCUCAAUAUUGAGUAAAGUUGGAACUGGUCUAAUCCGUGGAGACGGUUCUUCAGUUCUGGCAACCUGCAGCAUCCUUUAGUGGUUAUUGUUUCUGCUUUGCUGAGCUUAUUACUCCUUUCUUUUCUCAACUUUGGGUGCAACAAGUGCUAAUUGUUUACAUCAGAUCUAGCAGUCCAUUGCCAGAUCAGAUAUCCAUAGCAUGCAUGUCAGUUGCCCCUGUAACAAGUCAUCAACCAGCCAAAGCAACAGAAGAGAGGAGAUUUGUUUUUCCCAAAACCAAUAUGAAACUCGUAAAACAGGGAGGAAGCUAGUGACCCUCAUCUUGUAAAAGCUUAAGAACCACAUCAGUGAGCUGGAGAAUUCAGAAGCUCCAGUUCACUCAGCCAUCUCAAAAACCCAGUGAACAAACACUUCCUAGUUUUGAAUUCAGUGUUGCACAAGAAUUUGCCUAUUUAAGCAGAGACUGGAACUGGUGCUCAAGAGAUCAUACACGGUAGAUUCUGUACUGGGGAUUGCUGGUGGCCAAGCUGCUGCCAGCUUCCUGGAAAAUCUUCUUUGACCUCCAAUAAUUGAAGAAUCUUACGACAAUUGAUAAGAGUUAAUACAUUGUAUUUAUUCAUUAAAACUUUUUCCCUGUAGGAUUCUAAGUUUUGAUUAUAUUUUUAUAUUAGAUGAUAACUGUAUGCCCUUCUCUUUAUGACGAUGAGCUAAAUAUAGCAGAAAACAUAAUGUGGUAAAUGGCAGGUCUUCUUAAUAGCAUUGUAGGUCCUUUUGGUAUUAAUAUUGGUUAGAUCCUACUGCUUUCCACUUACCUGGAAGCAUUCCAUUUUUUGAUGUCAUACUCUCUUUUUUAUGUUCAUGGUAUCAAACACAGUCGAAAUGAUCUCCUAAAUCUUAAUAUUUCAAGGCAAUGGAAACUAUUCUUCAGGUAAAAUGCUCUAUAGUUUUUUUCUUUUUUGGUUUCUGGAUCAUGGAAAUAAGAAAAUUACCUCUCAUUCUUGAAGACUUUCCUGCAUAAGGAUGAGCUUCCAAAAGAAGUUAAUAGUUUCAUGUUUGCCUUUUGUGAUUUAUCUUUGCUUCCAUGUUGCUAUUGGUGAUUCUUGGACACCAAUAUUGGCAGAUUUAUUUACAUUUCUUUUAGGAUACUAUUUGCUUGAUUUUGUAUGUCUGCCCGUUUCACACAUGAAAUCUUUGCUUCUCAUAUGAACUGGCUAAUAGUUGCUGCUAGGGUGAAUGACACUUUUUGAGAGUAGAUCUUUCCAUGCAUUGCUUCAUAAAAUUCAUAUUAAUAUAUAAUGCCAAUCUCUUAGUUUGCAUCACAUCUAACUCGGUAUUUUUUGGAUUUCAAUGGUUUAACGGAUUGAUGUCUUAUUCAUUUACAAUAUUACUUAACCAUGUCAGUUGUUUAAUGUUUAAGAUGGACUGAUGACUUUGCUCAAUUCAGUUACUAAUUCUCUCACUUAUACUUUCUUUUCAACUUUUGCAUGCAAAGAAUGCUUCCUAAUUUAUUUUGUAAUAAUUUAAUCUUGCAAAUAAUAAUAAAAAUAUAUUGGAUGAACUAACUUGUUUUUAGUUAUUUAACCAUAUACUGCCUGCCAUGAAAUUCAGGUGCAAAGGCGAAUACUCCAAUCACCCUACAAACAACCUGAUGGAAUUGCAACUCUGGCCAUGAAGAGAAGCAGCUCGUCAAAUGUUAGUCCCUACCUACCCGAUCAACAAUGGAACAAUUUGAAAAGAAAACAGAAACAGUGAAAGAAUGUAGAAUGAAGCUAGUCGCAUUUGGUGCUUUGGCACGCUUUCCUGAUUCUUCAUCCUUCAAUUGGUUGCUUUGCUACAUUUUUAAAUUGAGGUGCCUGCCUGCCACCAAUUCUUAUUUGGCAAGACCCUAAAAAGAACUAGUUAUUUUGGAGAUGACAGUCAUGUUCAGAAAGCUGCAAGACAACCUGAAUCAAAUUUCAGCUUCCCAGGCUGACUUUUCAAAUGUCAUUUUAUGUGAAACAGUCGGACUAUUUAGCAUUUAGACAUUUUAACUUUAACAAAGCCAAUAUUAGGCCGAUGGAUUGAAGCCGGCCAGCAUUUCCUACUCUUUGCUUAGUGUGAUUUUAACUAAAAUUCAUGUUGUUAUUAGUAUUUCUUUUUUAAAUAAAUAUUAUCCCUCAUAUGCCUGAGAUAUAGAUGAUAAAUGCUGAUUCUUCUCAAUCAAAUGCAUCCUGGCCGGUUUUUGUUCCAAAUGGUUGUAUAUUUGGAAAAUUUCUUGUUUUAUUAGAGGGUUGCUGAUUGUACCAUGUACAUUUCUAGCUACUUCCUGCUUACCUUCAGAAGUGAUUUUCACCUG